CAUAGACAACAAAUGAAAACUCAUUUGAGGAAAACAUUGGGAGUGUAAGGAUGGUUAACAGUGUUGUGUCCUUUCAGUUUUUUCCUGUGAUCAUUUUGCUGGGGAAUGCACCUUUCUGUUUUUCUGGCCUCUUCCCCUUGUUGGAUGAGUUCAAGACUGACACGACCGAUUACUAUGAAUACUAUGACGAGUAUAGCGAGCUACAAGACAUCUUCCACAGCUUCCUCCAGCACUGGAGUCCUGACUGGGUCUACAGCUACUUGAACCACCCGGUAGAUCCCUGCUCAUCCAACCCUUGCAAAAAUAACGGGGUGUGUGAAAGGCACCAAGAUAACUACACAUGCACCUGCCCCAAGCCAUAUACCGGGACUACAUGUAAUGCAGUGCUGAACAUGUGCCAACAACACAACUGUCACAGAGGAGACUGCCUUGUCACACUAACUCCACCUUAUUUUCGGUGCAGUUGUAUCCAUCCCUACAAGGAGCCCGACUGCCGCAAAACAUCAUCACAAUGCACCCCAAACCCAUGUCAAAAUGGAGGCACCUGUGUACGGCACAGGACAAGAUCAAAAUCUACUUGCCGGUGUGUCAAGCCCUUCAGAGGGAGAUUCUGUGAAAUAGGACCAGAUGAUUGUUAUGAACAGGACAGCUACCAAUACAGAGGGAAAGUUAAUCAGCUGAUAAACAGGAAGAUGUGUCUUCAUUGGACUUCUCACCUUCUCUUGCAUGAUAGGUUCAAUGCAUUUAUGGAGAAUGCUGACAGUUAUGGCAUUGGUGACCAUAACUUCUGCAGGAAUCCAGACGGUGAUGAAAAACCCUGGUGCUUUUUCCAAUCCGAGAACAAAUUGAAGUGGGAUUUCUGUGACAUUUCACCCUGCUCAGAAACAGAAGAGGAUCCAACGACAACAGUCAACCCUACUGAGCCACCUAGAAAAUGUGGACAGCCAGGGACUGUGAGAUCGUUCCAGAGGAUCUAUGGUGGGUCCAAGUCUACUCCUGGCAAACAUCCCUGGAUGGCAUCUCUACAGAGGAAGUAUUCAUUGAGCGCUUUUGAGCCUAAGGGACACUUCUGUGGAGGGGUUCUCAUUGAGUCAUGCUGGGUCCUCACAGCAGGACACUGUGUUCAAUUAAAAGAAGAAAACCUGCAAGUGCUCCUUGGGAAGCAAGACCUUAAGAGAAGAGAAUACCAUGAACAACAAUUUAACGUGGAGAAGAUAAUUAAGUAUCCAUUGUACAGAGACAAUAAUGGCAUCCCAGUCAAUGAUAUUGCGCUGCUUAAAUUGAAGCCCUUUGAUGGCCAUUGUGCUCUGGAGACAAAGUACGUGAAAACAGCGUGUUUACCAGAUUCCUCGUUUCCUGAUGGGACUGAAUGCCACAUCUCAGGAUGGGGAGAAACUGAAGCUGGUGAAGAAUCUCAUCAGCUUCUGGAUGCCCGAGUGAAGCUGAUUUCUCAGAAGCGGUGCAACGCACGGAGCGCACAUAAUAACAAGCUGGAUGAAAGCAUGUUUUGUGCAGGAAACCUUGAACGAUCGGGAGUCGAUUCUUGUCAGGGAGAUUCUGGAGGACCUCUUACAUGUGUACAAGAUGGUUCCUACUAUGUCUAUGGCAUUGUGAGCUGGGGUGAUCUGUGUGGGCUAAAAGAAAAACCAGGAGUUUAUACCCGAGUGACAACAUUUCUCAGAUGGAUUAAUUCGAAAAUUCAGCCCAGGUCCAGUUCACACUACUGAGAGGUAUCUUCUGGAAGGCUAAUGAUAAGCUUGAGGAAAUAAAAAAAUGUAUUUCCUCCUUUUC